CUCGUCCGACGUGUGGACGUCAGCACUGAGUGUGUAUAUAUGUGAGACGCCGAAGGGACGACAAUCCGUGAUAUGAGCAGCCUUUGACAGUCUUCCCAGAGGUAGUACCAGGUAGCCAGUAGGUGGUAUCGUCCGAGACCGCGAAGUAAAAACGGUUUCGCUAGAAAUGGACGAUCGCGGCGUCGUUAUCCUUGCGCUUGUCUGCGCCGCGCUCUCCCUUUGCGCCCUGGCGAACGGCUACGCGCUGAACGUCGCGGUCGACCAGCCCGAGCGGAACGGUGACUACGUCACCACGUCCUACACGCAUUACGAAGACCUGCGGCGGCUGUUCGACUCCCUGGAGCGGCGGUACCCACAUUUGGCGCGCGUCCACUCCAUCGGGAGGUCGGUCGAGGGUCGAGACCUCCUUGUCCUGGAGAUCUCGGGGGAUGUCGAGCGGCGUAAGCCCGGUGAGCCCAUGGUCAAGCUCGUCGCCAACAUGCACGGCGACGAGGCCGUCGGCAGGCAACUGCUCGUCAUUCUGGGCCAGUACCUCCUCGACCGCUACGGCAAAGACGAUCGCAUCACCCGACUGGUGAACGAGACAGACAUCUACCUGAUGCCCUCCAUGAAUCCGGAUGGUUUCGAAAACUCGGUGGAAGGCAAGUGCGAGUCGAAGGACGACUUCUCAGGCAGGGAGAACGCUAAUCAUGUCGACCUGAAUCGGGACUUCCCCGAUCAGUUCGACAGAAGACUCAGUCAGAUCAGGAAGGGCAUGUCUAUUCUGAACGGUCGCCAGAAGGAGACAGUGGCGAUGAUGACCUGGAUCUCUAACGAGCCCUUUGUGCUCUCCGGGAAUCUUCACGGUGGUGCUGUGGUUGCCAGCUAUCCAUAUGAUUCUGGUAUCCCAAAAACAUGCUGUAUAGAGAGUAAGAGCCCGGACGAUAAUUUGUUCAAGUAUCUCGCCCAUGUUUACGCAGACAAUCAUCCCCAAAUGCACAGAGGUGACGCUUGUCCACCAGAAAUAUUCCCAAAUGGUGUCACAAAUGGAGCAUAUUGGUAUGAGGUGAUUGGUGGAAUGCAAGACUACAAUUAUGCUCGUUCUAAUGCAUUCGAUAUAACGUUUGAGCUGAGUUGUUGUAAAUAUCCACCAGGUUCAACAAUACCAGAUCAGUGGUUACUAAACAAAGAAUCUCUAAUUAAAUAUUUGGAGCAAGUGCAUAUUGGAAUAAAGGGUUUUGUACGCAGUGCGGACGGUAAACCGAUCGAAAGAGCAAACGUUGUUGUUGAAGGAAUAAAUCAUAAUGUAACAACCACCGCCGAUGGCGAGUAUUGGCGCUUACUGCUUCCAGGAACCUAUUCGGUUUAUGCCAUCGCGUGGGGAUACGAACCCAGCGAUCCAAUAAUUGUAAAUGUAUUAGAAGGUGCACCGACAAUUCUUAAUUUUACAUUAAGCAGCAAAGAAUUUGAUGAUCAAGGAGAAGAUACGUUCGACGAGGUGGUAAGAUCCGUCGACAAGUACGGCUUUUUCCAUAAAGUGGAGUUCAAGCAUCACAAUUACGUCGCGAUGGAGAGAUAUCUGAAGGAGCUGAGCGCGAGUUAUUCCAAUAUCACAAGGCUCUACAACAUAGGAUCCUCUGUUCAGGGCCGCAAGCUAUAUGUAAUGGAGAUUACGAAAAAUCCUGGCGUUCACAGUCUCGAGAAACCGGAGAUGAAGUACGUCGGGAAUAUGCACGGGAACGAGGUAGUUGGCAGGGAAAUGCUGCUACUAUUGUUGAGAUAUCUCUGCGAGAACUACGGCACCGAUAAGAGAGUCACGCGGAUUGUGGAGACUGUCAGGCUUCACGUGAUGCCAAGCAUGAAUCCUGACGGAUAUGAGAUCUCCAAGGAAGGCGACGUCUACGGGGUGAAAGGUAGAGCAAACGCGAAUGGUGUAGAUCUCAACAGAAACUUCCCCGAUCAUUACGAAGUCAACGAUUUUAAUCGGCAUCAGGAACUCGAGACCAAGGCAGUGAUGGAUUGGAUAGCAAGAAUCCCGUUUGUACUCUCCGCUAAUCUUCAUGGGGGUGCGUUAGUCGCGAAUUAUCCUUACGAUGACGGACCGGAUAACAUGGCAUCCAAUGUCGCGAAUCUCAGCCCGGACAACGAUGUUUUCCGGAUGCUGGCAUUGACAUACUCCAAUGCUCAUCCCCACAUGCACCUCGGCCAGCCAUGUCCGCCGAUAUUGAACGGCUAUGGCUCAAAAACGCUUCUCGAGGAACGUUUUCCGGAAGGUAUAACGAACGGCGCCGCCUGGUAUUCUGUGCCUGGUGGCAUGCAAGAUUAUAAUUAUCUGCACAGCAAUGACUUCGAGAUCACUCUGGAAAUUGGAUGCACAAAGUAUCCGAACGCCACCGACUUGCCGAAUUACUGGCUGGAGAAUAGGGAGCCUCUUUUGCGCUUUAUCGAAAUGUCUCGCAAAGGUAUACAUGGCGUAGUGAGUUCGUCCAUCGGCACUCCGAUACCCCAUGCAAAAAUCUCGGUUGAGGGUAUAAAGCAUGAUAUUUAUUCUGCCGAGAAAGGCGAUUAUUGGCGACUAUUAGUACCAGGACGAUAUAAUAUAACUGUCAGCGCGGUGGGAUACGAAACGCUCACUCAGAGUGUCGACAUACCAUCAUACGUUGCCGAAAAUGCUGGAGAUGGAGAAGUAACCCUGGAUCUUACAUUAAUGCGUGACGAUCCUCUGCACUGGUCAUCUGCAUACGAUUUUGGACUAAGGGUAAAUUUGCAAAAUGGCUAUUUAAAAAAUUCUGACUUGAGUGCUAGAUUUAGCCAGUUGGAAAGUCAUCAACCUGAUACUGCAGAAUUUAUAGCCGGUGAUUCAUUGAUCAGCAUGUCCAUUCAUUCAUUGAAAAUCACGCAUAAUAUGGGAUCACCUGACGAGAAUAAAUUUCGCAUUGCAUUUUUGGGAGGAUUGUUUGCUUCCCAGCCGACGGGCAGAGAAAUUCUAUUACGUUUGGCGACGCAUAUCCUUAUGGGAAAUCAAAUUGGCAACCCGCCAAUUCAAAGACUGCUGGAUAACACCAUGCUACAUUUCGUUCCUGGCAUCGAUCCAGGAUUUGAUAACGUGGAGAAAAGUGAGGAUUGCAAUCCCAUAGUCAAGGACGAAGUAGGAGAGAAGUUGUUAUUGGAGAACACUGAUACCUCUCAGCAAGCAGAUAGAGUUACGGAUAUGCUUAAGAGAAUGUUACAGACUGAAAAUUACGAUGCUAUUGUGAUAUUGGGAGAUGGUGCCUCGCAAAUCAGUUAUUCAAAUGACGAUCUGAACACGUUUAAAACACUUGCUGAUGCUUAUGAGUAUUCAAGGCACAAUGAAAUAUGCAGUCAGCUGAACAAUAGUACGCAACGUUUAACGAAUUUUAUACAGCGCGUUUACGGCACAUCAGUAAUGAGCAUAAGUCUGUCGUGUUGCAAAUAUCCACCCGCGGAUUCAAUCCCUAUCAUUUGGCGUGAGAAUCUGCAACCGCUUAUGGAACUUUUGCUGAGUCUCGCGAGCGGAAUUCGCGCGACGGUAACGGACAAACAUGGUGUUCCACUUCGACAAGCCACUGUCAAGAUCGGAGGAAGAAGCUAUGGCGUGUCGCACAACAUGGCCUACUUUAAAAUGAUACUGGUGCCUGGCGAGUACACGUUAACGAUUUCCUGCGAGGGAUACGUCACGCAAAUGCUGAAAGUCCCUGUGCGACGACAAAACAUAACGAAUAUCGACAUUAAGUUGACACAGAGCACGACAUUUAACACUCACCACAAGAAACCUGAGAAGUUAAGCUUUGUCAAUCGUGCUUUGACCGAUCUCAACGCGAAGUAUCCGCAGCAAACAACCCUUCACAGCAUUGGUAAAACUACGAAGGGCGACGAGAUAAUGUGUUUAGAGAUCGGCUCCAACAAUGACCGGAAACAAACGGGGCGACCUGCCAUCAUUUUCUCGGCCGGCAUUCUACGGCCGGAGCCAGUGACCGCCGGAGUACUCUUGCAUUUCGCCUCGUAUCUCCUGGACAAUUAUAAGCAGGACACAACAAUCGCGAGUUACAUAGACGAUUUCUCCGUAUACGUGGCCCCGGAAUUCUCGUCUGAUUCCAAUGAAACUCUUGCUACUUGUUUGCCGCAGCUCGCGGAAAGCUUGCAAUUUCCGAUUCACGAGAAGCUGCAUGGAGAAGCGGCCAUGAUCGCGAGUUGGCUCAAAGACGUGAAUGCCGUGUUAGCUGUGAAUCUUAACAGUGGCUCGCGACAUAUCGAAAUCCCGUUCGGUCACGAUUACGGUAAGAUACACGAGCAAAAAUACGAAAGCUACGAUGAAAAUGUACUGCGACACUUAGCGUCGGUGUACGCCGACGCGAGAGCGAACAAGCUGUCCACGAGCACGAGAUGCGAGCAGAAUUUGAACAUCAGUGACAAUAGUGUGAUACACGCGGUUGCGGGAAUUGGUGGAAGGAGAGGCCAUCCCUUAAUAGAUUACGCCUACUUCAAUACGAGCACCUUGAUGAUAGAUGUGUACGUCACCUGCUGCACUGCCGAUCACUCAAUCGUCGUGUGGCAGGAGAACAAAGCUAGCUUACUAGCCUGUAUAGAGGAGAUGAAGAAAGGUGUAAGGGGAUACGUCACCAACGAGGAGGACGAACCGAUAGAGAACGUAGUCUUGUCUUACGAUAGGUCACCGCAUUUGAUAAAAAAUGGUAGGUCAGGCUUCUACUCGAUUCUACUAUCGCCCGGGAGUCACAAUAUAACGGCCACGGCGUACGGAUAUCAUACGGAGACCAAACUUGUUUCCACGCUCUCGCUCGAGGCGAAGAAAUCCUUGAGAUUGAUGUUUAAACUCGUCCGCGACGACAGUAUCAUGGGAAUGCCUAGACUCGUAUUCAUCAUGAUAACGGGUAUGGUAUGUUUUGUCAUCGUGUUGUGCUGUAUGUGUAUCUACGCGAGGUGUCGAGCUUCGGAAGAGUAUUCGGAGAAGAGCAGAAAGGGAUACGCAUUUAGUUUACUGAAAGAUGGUAGUAGCUUAUUCGACGACGAUGAGAAAGAAAUUGAGAUAUUUCGAAGACCACAAUUAUACAAAGACGAAUAUCCGUCAAACGACAAUGAAGUUACCAUGCCGUAUUUCGAUGAUAAUAAUAGUUCCGAAGACAGCGACUUGGAAUUUAUUCGGUCCGAGCAGGAAUGGAGCGAUACAAUACCGAGACAUACGUGAUAGUAAAUGUUUUUGUAUAAUAUACAGAAAUGAUAAGUGGUUGCACAAUGCAUGUGGUAAAUUUAGUGAAUUUUGUAUAAUUUAAACAAAGCAUUGCUUCUCUUUCUAACUAGAGAGCAGCAACGUUUUGCGAGAAAUAUAAGCAGUUUUAAAGUAUUGCGAAAUUUUCGAAAAUAAUUAGGGUCCAAGUAUGGAAUAUAUACGUACUUAUAUUUUUGCAACUUUUUUUUAGAAGUAAUUUUGUUACUCUUUCUGAUGAUAUUUACAUUAUUUUGUAAAUAUGUCGUGUAAGAAGUAGAAUGCAAUUUUAUAGAACAUUGUGAAAAAAAUAUAAAUAAGGUAAACGUAAAAAAAAUUAUAUCAGGUUUUAAAUAAGAAAAUAAGAGAGAAUCUUUUAGAAUCGUUAACUGUUAUAAAUAGAUAUAAAAGGAAAAUCUCAUGUGUGUUCAUAAAACUAUCAUAUUACAUUAAGAGAACUGUUAUCAUUAUUAAAAACAAACAUGAAUAUUGAAAACAACACAUGAGACAUUUAACAAUUUCUUCUUCAAUAUUGUGCUACAAUUUAUAUGUGAUUUAUAUAUGAUAAAUUUCUUAUUUAUGUUUUAAAUUGCCCAAGAACGUUAUUAUUUUAUUUAAUUACAUGAAUGCUGAAAUCUAAGAAAAAGGAAAGCAUUUUUUCUCUUUUCCUACUUUUAUUUACGAAGUAAAAGAGAAGUACUUUUUUUAUUUACUUAGAUUUUAUCAUAUUUUAUUACAUUUAUGAUAAACAAUUUAGUGAUAAUCAUAAAUUAUUCAAAGAUACUUCCUUAUGCAUGUCAUUCCAAUAUACUAAGAAAUAAUAUUUGGUACUUACGGUUAGCAGUCUUUUAGUACUUAUAAAAUUUAGACAAGAGUGAAUUAAUUAGCAAUUAAUUGUAAUAGUAUAGCUGUAAAGGACAAAAUUUUAGAUUAUCAGAGGAUAUUAAAAUAAGCAAAUUUUUCUGUUAAAUAAACACGUUUACAGAAUUACGUAAAA